UUAACAAUUUUCUGUGAAUAACAAAAACAAGAAGAGGAAUGUAAAAAAAAACACCGGAUUUUUUUGUGAAAAUCUUGAACAAUUUUUGUUUAUUUCUGUUAAGUUAAAAAAUUCAACAAAUAGCACAUUAAUUUUAAGAAAAUCACACAGAAAACAUGACUUCAAUUAUAAAACUCCACACAGUUUCGGGGGCAAUGGAUGAAACACCACCCUGUUAUAUAUUGCAAAUCGAUGAAGUCAAAAUAAUGUUGGACUGUGGUUGGGAUGAAAAGUUUGAUGCUAAUUUUAUCAAGGAAGUUAAAAGGCAUGUGCACACUAUUGACGCUGUUCUAUUGUCCCAUCCAGAUGUUUAUCAUUUGGGUGCCCUGCCUUAUUUGGUGGGCAAGUUGGGUUUGAAUUGUCCCAUUUAUUCCACCAUUCCUGUACAUAAAAUGGGUCAAAUGUUUAUGUAUGAUCUCUAUAUGUCACACUUUAAUAUGUAUGAUUUUGAUUUGUUCUCAUUGGAUGAUGUGGAUGCUGCUUUUGAUAAAAUUAUACAACUGAAAUACAAUCAGACGGUUAACCUGAAAGGUAAAGGUUAUGGCAUAGCCAUAACACCCUUACCGGCUGGGCAUAUGAUUGGUGGUACCAUAUGGAAGAUAUUAAAAGUGGGCGAAGAAGAUAUUGUCUAUGCCACCGAUUUUAAUCACAAAAAAGAACGUCAUUUGAAUGGUUGUGAAUUGGAACGUUUACAAAGGCCCUCACUACUUAUAACGGAUGCUUUUAAUGCUUUGUAUCAACAAGCCAGACGUAGGGCUCGUGAUGAGAAGCUUAUGACUAAUAUUCUACAAACUUUGCGAGGUAAUGGCAAUGUUUUAAUAGCAGUAGACACAGCGGGACGUGUUUUGGAAUUGGCUCAUAUGUUGGACCAGUUAUGGAAGAAUAAGGAGUCAGGUUUAAUGGCCUACUCUUUGGCAUUGCUAAAUAAUUUCUCUUAUAAUGUCAUAGAGUUUGCUAAAUCACAAAUUGAAUGGAUGAGUGAUAAACUAAUGAAAAGUUUUGAGGGAGCUCGCAACAACCCCUUCCAAUUCAAACACAUGCAAUUGUGUCAUAGUUUGGCGGAAUUGGCUCAAUUACCCGGACCUAAGGUGGUGUUGGCAAGUGAGCCAGAUAUGGAAAGUGGCUUUACCAGGGAUUUAUUUGUACAAUGGGCGGGUAAUCCCAAUAACAGUAUAAUAUUUACCUCAAGAACCUCUCAGGGCACCCUGGCCAUGGAUUUGGUGGAAAAUCAUACACCGGGAAGAAAAAUCGAAAUUGACAUUAGGCGUCGCAUAGAAUUGGAAGGAGCUGAACUAGAGGAAUACUUACGUAUACAGGGUGAAAAAGUUAAUAGACUUAUUGUGAAACAAGAUGCCGAAGAAGAAAGUAGUUCCGAUUCAGAGGAUGAUAUAGAAAUGAGUAUUAUUACGGGAAAGCAUGAUAUUGUUAUAAGACCCGAGGGCAGACAGCAUACCGGUUUCUUUAAGUCAAAUAAAAGACAUCAUGUAAUGUUUCCCUUUCAUGAGGAGAAAAUCAAAUGUGAUGAAUAUGGUGAGAUAAUAAAUUUAGAAGAAUAUCGCAUAGCCGACGUAGCAUAUGACUAUCCCAUGGAUGAUAAUAAGGAAAAUGUAAAGAAAGAAGAAAUCAAGGGAGAAAAAUCAAAAACAGAUGAUGAGGUACAAUUACUGGAGAAACCCACCAAAUGUAUAAGUCAACGUAAAACUAUAGAAAUAAAUGCCCAAAUCCAGCGUAUAGACUUUGAAGGUCGCUCUGAUGGCGAAUCUAUGUUGAAAAUUUUAUCUCAAUUAAGACCGCGUCGUGUUAUAGUAGUGCAUGGUACUGAGGAAGCUACACAGGCGGUAGCUAAGCAUUGUGAACAGAAUAUAGGCGCCCGAGUUUUUACACCACACAAGGGUGAAACUAUUGAUGCCACUACAGAAACCCAUAUUUAUCAAGUACGUCUCACUGAAGGCUUAGUAGCUCAACUGCAAUUCCAAAAGGGCAAAGAUGCCGAAGUGGCCUGGAUAGAUGCUCGCAUUGGUGUACGAACUCAAGCUAUUGAAUCCACUAAUACAACACAAAAUAACGCAGCUGAUAAUGAUGUCACGGAGACGGGCAGUAGUGAUGAGAAAACUCUUACUUUAGAGUCUUUGGAAAAUGAUGAGAUACCUGUGCAUAAUUCAGUGUUGAUUAAUGAACUGAAACUUUCCGAUUUCAAACAAAUCCUAAUGCGCAAUAAUAUUAAUUCGGAAUUUUCUGGUGGUGUUUUGUGGUGCUGCAAUGGCUCUCUGGCGUUAAGACGUAUUGAUACCGGUAAGGUGACUAUGGAAGGACAUUUGUCUGAAGAAUAUUAUAAAAUACGUGAAUUGUUGUAUGAACAGUAUGCCAUUGUUUAAGGGAAAGUAAAUGAAGAGACAAACAAAAACAAAGUGAAAAA